GAAGUAAGCACUUGAGCAGUGUGUCCUACAACGUCCAGCACGUCCGAAUUCCACCAGCAUCUACAUAAAAAGGAUCGGCCAACCCAGCCCAAACACGGCCCCGGCAGUCGCCGACGACCAAAAGCUCGGACACGCCUAGCACAACCUAUUCAUCCAACUACAGCCGACAACCUGAGCGACACGGGAUGUCAGAACCUUCAGUAAGAGCUACAGUGGGAGGUUCCAAACCUACAAACAGAAAACCGAACAUGUCAAGGACGAAACCCCAGGGUUCAAAGUUUCCCAAGCCUCCAGCCCCGCCUAGUACUAGUAGUGAAUCGUCAUAUUACGAGGAGGAUUGGGAAUAUGACGACUCGGAUAAAAUUGACCCUUCGGACUCUGCCUCCCACCUUAACGAACGUCACGGUUAUGGACCUCCUCCGCCCCCGCGGUCACAACAUCAACCUCCCGGUCCGCGAGGGCGUGAUCCCGUCGAGUACAAGCGUGGUUACUUCCAACCGCCACCUGAGCCUGCUGCCAAUAUUAUCCCGCAUCAAUAUCCGUACCACAGACCGUAUCGCAAUCCCUUCCUUCCCGGGGGCCCUAGUCAAUUUGGUACCGGAGGUGCGACUGGCGACUAUGGGUCCUCGUAUAGCAGCCACUACGAUGUGAACCCCUAUGCAUACGGAGGAGGGCCGCAGUACGGAGGGUACGGUGCCGGCUUCAGUCCGGGUUACAACAGCAUGCCUUAUCAUCAGCCAUCGUACACACCAGGAUAUGGGGCAUAUCACAAUCAGGCCCCUACUCUACCUCACUAUGCAUAUCAAAAUCCCCCACCACCCCCACCAUCAGAGGCUCCUCGGCCUCCUACGCCGACAGUAAACAAGAAAGCUGAACCAGAAGUGGAGGCCCUGAAAGCCCAGCUUGAGAAUAUCAAGAUCCAGCUUGCAAAGCAGCAGCAAGAGCAAACUAUUCAGGAGAAGAUGCAGGAGAUCAAGAGUGAGGCGAUCAAGAUAGCAAAGGAGCAGCUCGAGUCAGAGAAGAAGGCCGAGGAAGAGCGCAAACGACUAGUGGAUGAGGCCAUCAAGCAAGGAGAACGAGAGGCGAGGGAGAGGAUUGAGGCCGAGCGAAAGGCAGAAAAUGAACGUCGGCAGCGUGAGGAGGAGGCGCGGGUGCGAGCUCUCGAGGAAGCCAAGAGAAAGCUGGAGUCCGAGGCAGAAGAGGAGAGACGGCGCUUCCGGGCAGAGGAACAAAAAAGGGUGCAGAAGCUCGAGGAGAUGGAGAGACACUGGCGUCUCAGGAUGGGACUUGAGCCAGUCGAUCCAUUCGUGCCUAAUGGAUUUCUUACGACCCCGUUUGGGACGACCUUCAUCCCUGGCUACAGGCCUGAGGCAUAUCUCAGCCCACAGAUGGGCGGCAGAGGACACAUGCAUCCUCGCCAGGAAUGGCACCCGCGGAACCACGGACAUGACCACCGCCCACGGUACAACUCCAGCGAGGGUACUCGUAGCCAGAAUUUCACAUCACAUCACCAUGAAGCUGAUUACGACGGCGAUCACGAUAGUGGCCCGCAACGCCGGGGGUUCUAUCGGAGUGGCGACUUUGACAUGGACACCCCUCCACAAGGGCGACCGAUCCCGGUACCACCCGAAGUGCCGUAUCCACCGACACCCAGUGAUCAUGGAUCUACUUCGUCUCCGUCUAGCGAGGAACCAGAAAGCGAUGUUGAAAGCGAUAUUGACACGGACUCCGGCACAGUCAAACCACCAACUAACUAUCGAAAUGAAACGGAAUUGACAGCAGAUCAGCCAGAAGACGGCUCAUAUCGCUUUUCGCCCGAAUCGCCCCCCUUAGUCGCCAAGAGGGUCCAUGAUAAUGGCUAUGAGAGCCAUCAGCUGGAAACGCCAUUAGCAAGCCCUCCAAUUCCAGAAGACUAUCCCGACGAAGCAAGCCAGUCAGACCAGUCGGACGACGAGAGUGAAACCGUCAUUGAAUUCCAAAGCCCGUCAAGGGAGAAAACGGGCAGUCUAAGUCCCCAAAUCGAGGCGAGACUACAGGUUGAGCCGGAAGAGACCCCAACCGAUGCAGGCAAUGGUCAAGCUGGAAUUCGUCAACCCAUGUCCCAGGGCCCAAGACAUGUACUAGGAGUCUCUCAAGUGAAGAAUCAAAAGCCUGCCGGUAAUCCUACCAAUGGGAGCAGUCCUAACUCGGUCGAUCUGGAAGGACCCGGGACACAGAACGACAACAGUCACGGUUUGAUGUCAGGGCAAACCCGAAGUCAUAACGAGGGCCAACUGGAUGAUCACUUCAAGUUCAGUUCCAACAUGGAGCAAACCCACAUGCAAUCGCCAGCCCGGGUUCCUUCAGCAUCGCGAGAUCAUGGACGCCGUCAUCAACCCCACAAACCCCGUAAACAGCCUGAACGGCCUCCAACCCAUCAUCAGCAAGCCAUGCGACAUCGGAAGCAGCAAGAGCACCGCCAGCGAUUGGACCAUGCCAGACCACUUGAAGGCUGGCCACCUCCAGUCAGAGAGUAUGUCAGCUUGCAACCGGUACAGCAGCACAAUCCUGUCCAGACACACCCAAGCCGCCCUCAAUAUCCUCAUAAAAGAGGUCACCCACCACCUGAUUACGGAGGAAAUGGAGAACGAGUGCUUCAUUACGAUGAUGGCGCGGGAUUCUUGGAUUUCAAUGCUACCCCUGUUGUGAAUGCAGCGAAGGGUACUGUGCCAUGCGUGAUUCUUCCGCUUUCAUUUUUACAGCGACUUGAAUCUUGAGGGUUUAUUCAUUGAGUAGUUACCAUCUUCCGGCUGGUGAGAACAUUGGGAAGUAGUGCUUGAAAAGUCCUUGUUGAGAAAUACCUACCUCGCAUUUGGCAUCUGAGUCAACCAGAACCCCGUUGUUACUUGGAAAGUUCCAUUCCAUCUUCCCGAGUAAAGAGGAUGGCUAAGGUAAGUUAAGUAGGUGGUGUGAAAGGUGGUGAGUACAACAAAAGAUGUGUUGAGCAAGAGGAGUCUGAGUGGCUAAUUUAGGUAGACGGUGUGCUAGGCGGUGGGCUAGGCGGUGGGCGGCAAAAGAGUGCUCUAUUGUAGGUCAAUUAGGAAGACGGUACAAUCACUAGCGC